UGUCUAUACAAGUGAAAGUUGUACAAUUGGUCGUGAGAGUUGAGAUCGUAUAAGAUUAAUUUUAAAAUGAUGUCUCAGUUGAAAAACGGAUCUUCACAAUGCUCAUGGACAAGCAUUUGCAUCGUGUUAUUAUUAAUGUCAAUGGCUCGUGGAGCUCUCUCUACAAAUUAUGGAGAAGCUCUCACAAACAGUCUUUUGUAUUUCGAAGCCCAACGUUCUGGAAAAUUGCCAUCGAACCAAAGAGUUAAUUGGAGAGGAGAUUCUGCACUUAGAGACGGUUCUGAUGCUCAUAUUGAUCUCACCGGAGGCUACUAUGAUGCCGGAGACAACAUGAAAUUUGGAUUUCCUUUGGCUUUCACGACGACAAUGCUAGCUUGGAGCAGUAUAGAGAUGGCAUCGCAACUUAAGGCCCAUAAAGAGUACGAAAACGUCCUGACGGCUCUCAAAUGGGCCACUGACUUUCUUAUCAAAGCACAUCCCGAGCCAAAUGUUCUUUAUGGACAAGUGGGAGACGGAAACUCGGACCAUGCGUGCUGGAUGAGACCUGAGGAUAUGACCACUCCGCGUCCUACAUACCGCAUAGAUGCUCAACAUCCAGGUGCUGACCUAGCAGCUGAGACAGCUGCAGCAAUGGCUGCUGCUUCUAUAGCCUUUACACAAUCUAAUCCAACCUACGCAGAAACGCUCGUUAGUCAUGCAAAAGAUCUAUUUGAAUUCGCUAAGGCUCACCAUGGCGUUUACCAAAGCUCCAUUCCUAACGCGGGUAGCUUCUAUGCGAGUAGCGGAUACGAAGAUGAGUUGUUAUGGGCUGCGGCUUGGCUUCAUCGUGCCAAUGACGAACUAGACGAAGAUACAUAUCUUAAUUUUUUAAAAGAAGCAUCUAACAAUGGAGGUCCUAGGACAGUUUUCUCGUGGGAUGAUAAGUUCUUGGGUGCACAAGUCUUGAUGGCCAAGCUUGUACUUGAAGGAAAAAUAGAGGGCGUUGAGGAUCUGGAAGAGUACAAGAGUAAUGCAGAGAAAUUUAUUUGCAACUGUGCUCAAAAGGGAUCUAAAAACGUUAAGAAAACUCCGGGAGGAUUGCUUUGGUUCUUGCCGUGGAACAACCUCCAAUACACCACCGCCACAUCCUUCAUCCUUUCUGCCUAUUCUAAGUAUCUUGAAGCCGCUAACGCCUCCAUCGAAUGUUCCAAUGAAAAGCUUGAAGCUUUUGAGCUUCUCAAUAUCGCUCGUGCCCAGGCAGACUACAUACUUGGGUCAAACCCCAAGAGCAUGAGCUACAUGGUUGGAUUCGGGACAAAUUAUCCUAAAAGGCCACAUCAUAGAGGAGCCUCUAUAGUGUCGAUCAACAAGGACAAAACCGUUGUGUCGUGUAAUGAAGGGUUCAAUGCAUGGUUUAACAAUCCUGCACCAAACCCUAACGUACUAACCGGAGCAAUCGUGGGAGGUCCCGACGAGAACGAUGCUUAUGGAGAUGAGAGGACUGAUUUCCAGCACAGUGAGCCUGCGCCCGCCACCGCUGCUCCAUUUGUUGGUGUUUUGGCAGCUCUUGCUUGAUAUUUCUCUCUUUUGUUAUCGUAUAAAAGUCAUAGGUUGUUCAUUUAUAUAAUUUCAAAAUAUAUAUCUAAAAGUCUUUUUUGGAUACAUAUACUUAUAGUACUCUUAAAAUGUGAUUACAACCUAAUAAAAUCAUUAAC